AUGGAUCAGGUGCCAAAGGUGUUGAGACCAAUGGUGCAGGACUGGGCCCCUGAGGGCUACGUGGUCAGCUUCAAGGUGCGUAUUCGUGCGUUGAGGCUCAGUCAACGAACACUCCAGCGCUCAUCCUCUCAACCUCCACCUUCAACUUUUCGUUCUCAGCUCGAGACGGACCCGAAGCUUCUCAUCCCAAAGGCUCGCGCAGCUCUGGAGAGAUACGGCCAUCAACUGGUCAUCGGCAACGAUUUGACACGCAGGAAAGAAGAAGUUGUCUUCGUAGAAUUGGAAAAGGAAGAGAGAUGGUUGCGGCUGUCAAAAAUGAGGGAGGCUUUGCGAGGAGGGUUGGGAGGCGAAGUUGAGAUCGAAGAAGCCAUUGUCAAGGAACUGUGCCACAGGCAUCAGCAAUGGUUUCAGCAAGCAAAGCUGGGUUGA